AUGAAAUCCCUAAAGUUGCUCAAGCCAAUGAUAGUCAAAGAACUUACAUUAGGCACAACCCACAGAGGGAGAUUCCUCUGCGGGUGGGUGGCUAUCGACGAUGCGUUUUUCGGGAUCGCCUCGACGUCGCUCUUGCUGGAGGAUGUGACAGGCGAAUUGGUGGAAAUUGCAGCCUAUGGACUGGUAGACGAUGACUUAGCACCCCAUGAAAAGCAGCGUAUCGUCUCCAGUCGCUUCCCCAAAGGACAGCCGAUUGUAGUUUUCGAACCGUACUAUAAAGUGAGGCAGGACAUGUCGGAAGGGAUACGCGUAGAACAACCCAAGGAGCUUAUCCCCUCGGGAACGAUUUUUUCGGUUUAUUGA